UAAACGUGAAUCGAACUUGAUAGGGUUUAUGUUAUUAGAGAUCAUGGCGUAUUUCUAGAUGUCAAAUUGUAGUUUUCUGAACAUAUUGAAAGAAUAUCCAUUUAUGCGAUUAUUGGUGUUUUUAACGCGUAAUUUGAGAGAUUUUACUAGCAUUCACACCUUGAGGAAUGCUUAUUCAGCUAUAGUUCGCCAAAUUCUAGAAUAUACCAGUCGUUCGGUCUCCCUUUUAUGGUAAACAUAACUACCAACUGGAGAGGGUACAACGAAGAUUCUUAAAACAUAUUACAUACAAACUUAAUAUUAG